CAGCCGAUUGCUACCAGAAUGACGUUAGUUGAAGACAAUAAUGGUUGGUGGAGGGCACCCCUGCGUUAUAUGCAGAAGGAAAGAUACUCAUCCGGAAUUUAUAGAUCACCUCUUUCCAAAAGACACACAAAUUGUAUAGUAUCAUUGCCAUCAAACUACAAUGACUCGUGAAUACCCUAAGACAGGAAGAGCCAGCCUGAUUAAUCGUAGAGUUUCACAGAAGAAUAUAUGCAGUACUUCACGAAGGCGGACCCCUUAUUCCAGCAAACCUGUUUCCAAAGGGUCUAUGUCUUCUAGGUCUAAGAGGCAAAAGUCAGCUACAGUUUCAAAUAUACAGUGUUCAAAAAGGACUACAAGAAGUGGUGAUAAAGUACUUAACUUGGCUGAACCAGAGCCUUCACCCACCCCAGAUGAUGUACAGCAUGACACUCAUACAUCACCAAGCACCACCACCACUCGUCAACUUCGUGAUAACACCUCUUUCGAAAGAUCUCUGAAGCUGUCUGAUCUCAGGCCAGCGACACUUUCAAAAAGAUUAAAAGCAUAUCAGGAUAAAGUUAUGUCACCUAAAAGAGCAAAAAUUAAGCAUAAAGGUGAUGAAGAUGAUGAUGAUGAUACUGAUGAUGGCGAUGACAAUGAUGAUGACAGUGAAGAUGAUUCUGAAGAAACCAAAGGAAGGGCCUCACUUAGAUCUGAACAAGGUCACAGCUGUGUUAAAGAGAAUUCAAAACCAAAAGUAUCUCCAGCGAGAGGAACCUCAGAUCAUAGGACUACUCGAGCAAGGCGAACCCAAACACAAAGAUGGGUUGAAGAAAUAGAUUCAUCUUUAAAGAGUUCCGAUACGAGUGACUUGGACUGUACGAGUGGCGCUCCAGUCAAACCACGACCCACCUAUGGUUCCAAAAGACCUUUUGUAGACCACCAGGGACAUCAUCUUAUUUCCAAGAAAAAUGUAUUGGCACACGUUGAGAAGACUGGUCGAGCAAAAUCCUCCUCAUCUAAGUCUUCUCGUAAAGAAGUUGCUGCAAUUGAAGCUGCUGCGAUGAAGAUGUCUCCAACUGAAGCUCGCAAUGCAAAAUCCACCACAAAAUCCAAUACUACUACAACAGAAACUGACAUUACAAAGUCUACUUCAACAAGAGCUAGGUGUGCAAAGGCCUCCAUUGAUGAUGCUGAAACUGUAAAAUCUAAUAUAAGUCGAAAAUUUAUUACUCGAUCUUUCGAUUCCAAAUAUGCAAAACUAAAAAGUGGUUCAGAGAUCAGCACAUCAAAAGUAAAUCCUGUAGAUUCUAACAUGGCAGGAACUCAUAAUAGUGGAGUUGAUAUAACACAGUCCAUUAUAAAGCAUGGCUCAACAGAUGACUGUGUAGCACCAAAUGUGUGUUCAAACACCACAACAGAAACUGAUGGUAUCAGAUUAACCAGAUCUAGAGCUAGUACUGGAAAUUUAACCACAAUUAAAACUGAAGCUGUAGAUGAAGUUGCAAAAACAAAAACUGAUGGUACAAAAAGUAAGACAGAUAUUGGUAAUGCAGAAACUUCAGGAGAAACAGAAUAUGCAGAAUUCACAGGAAACACUGCCAAAACUAGACCAACAACUACAGUUAAGGCUAGGAAUAAAAGGAGUUUUAUAGAAGAACCCUCGACAGAACCUGAUACUACAGAACCUAUUAAGAAGAGAGCUGUUGCUACCAGGUGUACAUCAAGACUUGAUAUAAAUACUGAGGAGAAAGAUAAUGUAGAAUCUACUGAAGCUGAUUUUGUUAUUACAAGACCUGAUACAGGAAACUCUGAAACUGCAAAAUGUACCACAUUAACUGAUACUGUAAAAUACAGCCUUAUAAAAUCUAUUGCAUCAAAAUCAGGUGAUGUAGGAUCUACUACAGUAAGAUCUGGAAGUGCAGAAUCCACCCCAACAAGAUCUGGAAGGGCAGAAUCUAUCCCAGCAAGAUCUGUAGGGGCAGAAUUCAUUCCAACAAGAUCUGGAAGGGCAGAAUCCAUCCCGACAAGGUCUGGGAGGGCAGAAUCCACCCCAACAAGGCCUGGAAGGGCAGAAUCCAUUCCAACAAGAUCUAGAAGGGCAAAAUCCAUCCCAACAAGAUCUGGGAGGGCAGAAUCCACCCCAACAAGAUCUGGAAGGGCAGAAUCCAUCCCGACAAGGUCUGGAAGGGCAGAAUCCAUCCCAACAAGAUCUGGAAGGGCAGAAUCCAUCCCGACAAGGUCUGGAAGGGCAGAAUCCACGCCAACAAGAUCUGGAAGAGCAGAAUCCACCCCAACAAGUUCUGAAAGUGCAAAAUCCAUAGUAGAUGAAGCAGAUUCUACUACAUCUAAAACUGAUAUUUCAAAACUCAGAAAUGCAAGAUCUGAUGCUCAAAGACUGGUUAAAGAAGAGUUGAAUGUUAUCAGUCUUACUUCACUCAAAAUUAAUCCUUUGAAAUCUACAUUAGAAACAGAUGAUGCUGUAAAGUACACUACAAGAUCUGGGGAUACUGCAAAAGAUGCUGUUAAUUCAAAUACCGCAACAAAAUCUGAUUCCAUUAGAAUUACUAGAAGAAGAGCUGAUGCUGUAAAAUCAUCCAUGGGAGAGACAGGAACUGCAAAGACCACAAUAAGGUCUGUUGAAUCAUAUGGUACAGUAAACCCAGCGACAGAAAGUAAUAAAACCAAAAUGUCGACAAUAUCCGAGAGUACAAAAAACACAAUAGCAUCUGAUAAUACAACAAUAACGAGGAAAACUAAUAGUACAAAACACAUAGCGGAAUCUGAAGUAACAAAAUCCACAAGAGGAACUGGCAGUACAGAAGUUACCCCCAAAACCACAGAAGAUACUGAAGGUGCCAAGAUGCUCACUGUUGGGGGAAAGGUCAAACCCAAAGUUGAUAGUGCACAAACAGCAGAAGAAAAUACAACUGAGACUGAUGACAUAAGAAUCACAAGAACUAGGGCCAAUACAACAAAAUCUGUUAUUUAUGAGUUGUCCUUGACAACUGAUGGUGAUAAAUGGGUGAGAGAGGAAUGUGAUGUGAUAAAUGUCACUAAGCCAAAAUCCACUACAUCAGCAACUGGUAAUAAUGAAGGCAUUAAUAUGAAAAACAUUAAAAUUUUGGGUUCAGCACAAAAUACUGGAGCAUGUAUUCAGGGUUCAGGUAACACUGCAAACUUUAAUAAUAUUAGAAUCACCAGAUCUAGAGUUGUUCCAGUAAAAUCAGCCAUGAUAAGAACAGGAACUUCAAAGACUUCUGCAGUAGACACUGGUGAAAGAGAAAGUACAAUAAUAACUGACAGGGCGAAAGACUUAACAGAGACUGAAAGUUCAAAAAUUACAACAGCAAUUGUUAGUGCAAAAAUUGUAACUGGAUCCAAGAGUGAUAAUGUAAGACAAAAAGCAACUAGCAUAAAAAAUAAACCAGAAGCUGUCACUGCAAAGACAAAACCAGAAGCUGUCACUGCAAAGACAAAACCAGAAGCUGUCACUGCAAAGACAAAACCAGAAGCUGUCACUGCAAAGACAAAACCAGAAGCUGUCACUGCAAAGACAAAACCAGAAGCUGUCACUGCAAAGACAAAACCAGAAGCUGUCAAAGACAAAACCAGAAGCUGUCACUCUGUCACUGCAAAACCAGAAGCUGUCACUGCAAAGACAAAACCAGAAGCUGUCUCUGUAAAGACAAAACCAGAAGCUGUCUCUGUAAAGACAAAACCAGAAGCUGUCACUGCAAAGACAAAACCAGAAGCUGUCACUGCAAAGACAAAACCAGAAGCUGUCACUGCAAAGACAAAACCAGAAGCUGUCACUGCAAAGACAAAACCAGAAGCUGUCACUGCAAAGACAAAAACAGAAGCUGUCACUGCAAAGACAAAACCAGAAGCUGUCACUGCAAAGACAAAAACAGAAGCUGUCACUGCAAAGACAAAACCAGAAGCUGUCACUGCAAAGACAAAACCAGAAGCUGUCACUGCAAAGACAAAACCAGAAGCUGUCACUGCAAAGACAAAACCAGAAGCUGUCACUGCAAAGACAAAACCAGAAGCUGUCACUGCAAAGACAAAACCAGAAGCUGUCACUGCAAAGAAAAAGACAAAACCAGAAGCUGUCACUGCAAAGACAAAACCAGAAGCUGUCACUGCAAAAAACCAGAAGCUGUCACUGCAAAGACAAAACCAGAAGCUGUCACUGCAAAGACAAAACCAGAAGCUGUCACUGCAAAGACAAAACCAGAAGCUGUCACUGCAAAGACAAAACCAGAAGCUGUCACUGCAAAGACAAAACCAGAAGCUGUCACUGCAAAGACAAAACCAGAAGCUGUCUCUCUGUCACUGCAAAGACAAACCAGAAGCUGUCUCUGUAAAGACAAAACCAGAAGCUGUCACUGUAAUGGCAAAACCAGAAGCUGUCACUGCAAAGACAAAACCAGAAGCUGUCACUGUAAUGGCAAAACCAGAAGCUGUCACUGCAAAGACAAAACCAGAAGCUGUCUCUGUAAAGACAAAACCAGAAGCUGUCUCUGUAAAGACAAAACCAGAAGCUGUCACUGCAAAGACAAAACCAGAAGCUGUCACUGCAAAGACAAAACCAGAAGCUGUCACUGCAAAGACAAAACCAGAAGCUGUCACUGCAAAGACAAAACCAGAAGCUGUCACUGCAAAGACAAAACCAGAAGCUGUCACUGCAAAGACAAAACCAGAAGCUGUCACUGCAAAGACAAAACCAGAAGCUGUCACUGCAAAGACAAAAACAGGAACUGAUCUUUUAGAAACUUUUUGUGAAACUAAGAACUUAAUAUUUGCAGGAACAAGACUGGAGACCACUCCCUCAUUGACACCAGCACCAGAAUCUACCAAAAGAAAAGCUAGUGAAGAGUCAUCAGUCUCCACAGCUAACCCUGAGAAGAGAAAACGAACCACAGCUAACACUGAGAAGACACAAGGAACUGCAGCUAACAAUGGGGAGAGACAAGGAACCACAGCUAACACUGAGAAGACACAAGGAACUGCAGCUAACACUGAGAAGACACAAGGAACCACAGCUACCACUGAGAAGACACAAGGAACCACAGCUAACACUGGGAAGACACAAGGAGCCACAGCUAACACUGGGAAGACACAAGGAACCACAGCUAACACUGAGAAGACACAAGGAACCACAGCUAUCACUGAGAAGAGGCAAGGAACCAUAGCUAACACUGAGCAGACACAAGGAACCACAGCUAUCACUGAGAAGACACUAGGAACCACAGCUAACACUGGGAAGACACAAGGAGCCACAGCUAACACUGGGAAGACACAAGGAACCACAGCUAUCACUGAGAAGACACAAGGGACCACAGCUAUCACUGAGAAGACACUAGGAACCACAGCUAACACUGAGAAGAGACAAGGAAUCACAGCUAACACUGAGAAAACUAAAAGAACCACAGCUAACACUGAGAAGACACAAAAAAUCACAGCUAACACUAAGACACAAGGAACCACAGCUAACAAUGAGAAGAGACAAGGAACCACAGCUAACACUGAGAAGACACAAGGAACCACAGCUAACACUGAGAAGACACAAAAAUCACAGCUAACACUAAGACACAAGGAACCACAGCUAACACUGAGAAGACACAAGGAACCACAGCUAACACUGAGAAGAGACAAGGAACCACAGCUAACACUGAGAAGACACAAGGAACCACAGCUAACACUGAGAAGAGACAAGGAACCACAGCUAACACUGAGAAGACACAAGGAACCACAGCUAACACUGAGAAGAGACAAGGAACCACAGCUAACACUGAGAAGACACAAGGAACCACAGCUAACACUGAGAAGACACAAGGAGCCACAGCUAACACUGAGAAGACACAAGGAACCACAGCUAACACUGAGAAGACACAAGGAACCACAGCUAACACUGAGAAGACACAAGGAACCACACUAA